CUUUUGGUUUCCAUCCACCACUUUAAAUAUUGGUGAACAAAAAGCCUAGCUUUUCCAUCGCCUUCUCAGAAAGACAGAACUUUUUCCCCAGCUUUCCUUGGCAAGAAAAAUGAAUUCCAAGGCUUUUAAAUUCUUUGGCUUUCUGGUCUUAGUUGUUAUACUAUCUUCGAUGGCAGAGACCAGUGACAUUGAGAAAAAAGAUAAGGAAAGCGACCCUGUAGAGGAUGAAAAGUCAAGAGGUUACUGCUAUAGAGGAUGUUGUGUUCGUGGCCUUUUAGGUCGUUGCAAGAAAUGUUGCGCUUAUGAUGGUCAGCCUCAAGUAAUUGUCGCAGAUGAUGAUGAUCAACCUAUGGCUCACCUCACAGGGAGCAAAGCAAAAGAGAUAACCGGGACAGAUGCUACCACUGAAGAAGCCAAUCACAGUGGUGCUGGUGGACAUGGAGGAGGAAAAGGUGGCGAUGCUGGUGGACAUAGAGGAGGUAAAGGUGGUGGCAGAGAAGUUCCCGGCAAAGGGUGGUGAUGACAAAGGAAACUUGAAACCCUCUAUAUAUUAUGUAUUAGGCCAAUCGAGAGAAAGAAAAAUGAAUGAAUAAAUUCAUGAAAAAAAAAAAAAAAAAAAGUUCCCCAGGGCUUGUUAGAUCACGUGAAGUUGACUUUGAAAAGAACUAGUUCAUGUAGCGUUUGACUGGACAGGCUUAUAUGUUAUGUACUUUCAAAUUAUUAAUUAAUUACGUAGUUUAACAAUUAAAAAUAGUGAAUUUUAAUUGUUAAAGGAUA